AUGAGGGUUACGUCGUUGCUGUCUCUGGCGGCUUCGCUGGGAAGUGUCAGGGCUUUGCCUUCGUCUCCCUCGGCCUCCGCGUCUGCGUCUACUGCAUCGGUCAAACUUGACUACUGCACCGUCGUUCCAGCUGCAGGAAACGCAUCGCUCGGAUACUAUAAGUACCAGAACAUUCGAUUUGCCGCCGUCCCUACUGGCGACCUCCGUUUUGCCAAACCCGAAUGGCCCUCCGUCGAGACGGCCAUCAACAAUGGAUCGCUGGCUGAUGGCUCGGUCGACUGUUCCUCGGACGAAGACUGCCUCUAUCUAGACGUCUGGGCUCCCGCCAACAGUGCUAGCAAGAAACUGCCCGUUCUUGUCUGGACAUAUGGAGGUGGUUUUACCGGAGGCAGCAAGUCGGAGAAUACCCCAGAAGGUCUCUUCGAUCUAAGCAAGGACUUCGUCUUUGUCGCGUAUAACUACCGCCUGGGAUUUACGGGCCUAGCAACCGGCCCUACAUACGAACAUGAAGGAGGAACAUCAAACCUGGCACUAUGGGACUCUCAGCAUGCCUUCCAGUGGACCAAGAAGUACAUCAGUGCCUUUGGUGGUGAUCCGGAGAAGAUCACCGCAAUGGGUUUCUCCGCUGGUGGCUCGGAGGUUCUCUUCCAGCUGACUCGGUUUGCUGGCCAUGCUGAGCAGCUGUUUAACCAGGCUUAUAUCAUGUCGCCCGGUUAUGUGCCAGGGGCUGGCCAUCACCAUGGUGAGAACUAUUGGCAGAAUGUCUCGUCGGCUGUGGGCUGUGAUGGUGGCCAUCUUGACUGCAUGCGUCAGGUCAACUUUAGUAGCUUGUCUACUGCUGCUAGUGAUGUUCAAAGUACAUAUAACUACCAGCUUCAGCCUCGCGUGGACGGUGACUUUGUCGCUGACACUUACGAAGCGCAACUCUACCAAGGCCGAUUCAACUUCACCGGCCCCCUAGUAAUCAGCCACGAACAACACGAAGUCAAUGGCCAGGCAUACUCGGGCAUCAACACCACCGCCGACGUCUCCAAGUACCUCCGCAUCUUCUUCCCCGCCAUCACCGACGACGUCGUGGAUAGACUUCUCGAGCUCUAUCCUGAAUCCGACUACUCGAGCCCUGGCCUCCGCUUCUCUGACAUGAAGCAGUCGUUUGAUCUGACGGCGCACGAUUUGGCCGUGACCCAUGCUCUGGAUAAUAAUACCUGGAAUGCAAUGGUUGCGUUGGGACAGGCUACUCAUGGGACUGACCAGAGUUAUUAUUGGUACAGCACCUACAGCCUCAGCUCAAGCAGUAGUAGUAGCUCUGGUGGCAUGGGUGGUAUGGGCGGAAGCACUUCUGUCAACUCCACCGUUGCUAGAACCAUGCAAAAAUAUCUCCUCUCAUUUGUUCUUACCGGUAACCCCAACACCAAAUGGGCGAAUGACAAGAUCUACUGGCCCAAGUAUGGGUCUAACGCCACGCAGCUGGUCUUUAACACGACCAUGUAUCUGGAGGAGGAUGAUCUUGCCAACGGGGAGAGCUUGUACUGGAAUAAAGUCCUCUGGUACUAG